CUCCUCCGAGACCGCAGCAGCCAUGAAGCUCCUCCUGAUCGUCGCCCUGGUUGGGGCCGCCUCCGCCUUCGUGGAGCGCGCCGAGUGGGAGGCCUUCAAGUCCACCCACAGCAAGACCUACUCCAACAUCAUCGAGGAGUUCCACCGCAUGAAGGUAUAUGCCGACAACAAGGCGUUCGUCGACAAGCACAUGGCCGAGUACGCCGAGGGCAAGCACACCUUCACCGUGGCUCUCAACAAGUUCGCCGACCUGACCUCCGAGGAGUUCAGUUCCAUGUACAAGGGCUACGUGGCGCAGACUAGCCGUCCGCACGCCACUCACCAGCUAACUGGCAAGGCGACGGCCGCCACCGUCGACUGGCGCGACCAGGGCGUCGUCACACCCGUCAAGGACCAGGGCCAGUGCGGCUCGUGCUGGGCUUUCUCCACCACCGGCUCGCUGGAGGCCGCAUGGAUGAUGGCCGGCAACGAGCUGGCCUCGCUCAGCGAGCAGCAGCUGGUCGACUGCUCGGGUAACUACGGCAACCUGGGCUGCAACGGCGGCCUCAUGGACUCGGCCUUCGAUUACAUCAAGGCCAAGGGCGGCAUCGAGUCCGAGUCGUCGUACCCGUACACGGCCAGGAACGGCCACUGCAAGGCGGACGAGAGCAAGUUCGUCGCGUCGCUCUCGUCGUACGUGGACGUACCCUCGGGCUCCGAGUCAAGCCUGGAGGACGCCGUCAGCAACGUCGGCCCCAUCUCGGUGGCCAUCGACGCCUCGCAUAUUUCGUUCCAGCUGUACAGCGGCGGUGUCUACAACGAGAGGCGCUGCUCCAGCUCGCGUCUUGACCACGGUGUGCUCGCCGUCGGCUACGGCAGCGAGGGCGGCGACGACUACUGGCUGGUGAAGAACUCCUGGGGCGGCUCCUGGGGCGAGGAGGGCUACAUCAAGAUGACACGCAACAAGAGUAACCAGUGCGGUAUCGCCACCCAGGCCUCCUACCCCAAGGUCUAGGAUGUCCCGCAAUGGCUUGUGCUCUUUUUGUGACACGUCUCAGAACGAUUUCGUCUUGCCUUUCAUGAACAGAGAUCUACCUCUCGCGGCAUGUAAUUUAAGGGUGUGUCUAUCUGGUGUAUAUUGGCGUCGCAAAAACCGAUCGGUGCAUUUGGAGCGGUGACACUGCGCAAUACAGAUCCUGUGAAACUGAA